UGAUACAAAACGACGCUUAUUAAGUAUUAAUAGUUAUAAUAAUUUAAAUUCAUAUUUAUUUUAAACGUUCUUAAGGAAAGUAGUCAUGGGUGAACACACGAUAAAAAACUUAGAAGAAGUGUUAAAUGGAUGCAUUAAAAAGGAUAAAAGAAUUACGGAGAAGAACAUUACUAAUUUAACUGCUCCAGGGGAAAACUUUGGUAGUAUAAUGUUAAAGUUGGACGUUACACUGAAGGACGAAAAUGACGGUACUGAAGAUGAACUACAUGCUGUGGCUAAGAUGAUUCCUUCUGAUGAAUUUGCAAGAAAGGCAUUCAAUAUUCAAGUGACUUUCAAGAACGAAAUUGGAAUGUAUAAUGUUAUAGCACCCACACUUCGAGAUUUCCAAAGGGAAAAUGGUGUGAAUGACGUUAUUAACUGUUUUCCAGAGUUUUACGGCGCUAGAAUAAAUCUGGGAGAAGAAAAUGGUGACGUUGAUGAGAAUGCUGUUCUUUUAUUGGAAAAUCUAAACUUUAAAGGAUAUCAGGUUGUAGACCGUUUUGUAGGUUUCGACCUAGAGACGGCCCAGUUAAUACUCAAAGACUUGGCAGCUUUCCAUGCCAUACCACUGGCUUUGAAGCUGAAGAAACCAGAAGUUUUCGACAAAAAAAUUAGACCAUAUUUGGCACGAUUCCGUCCAUUCGAUAUGCCCGACGAAAAAGAACACAACUCAAUGUUCAUUCAGAUUCUUCAGGAAUCAGACAAAUGUAGGCCCUGGUUAUCAAAAGUUGAACACAUUUUCGAGAACAUAAAGACAAUACUCGAAGCACCGCCAAAAGAACCGUUCGCCACCAUAGCCCAUGGGGAUACUUGGAUAAAUAACACUAUGGUAAAAUUUGAAAACGGCGUGCCUGUCAGCAACAAAUUACUUGACUUUCAAGUUUGCGACUAUAAAUCUCCAGCCGGUGACUUGUUCUUCUUCCUCUUCUCAAGCGUUCGACUGUCUGUGCUUCAGAACAAUUUCGACGAUUUGAUUGAAUUUUAUCAUAAACACUUCGUUUCCAAUUUGGAGAAGUUAAAAUGUGACACAGGUCCUUUUGGUUUACCCAAGUUUUUAGAAGAAAUGAAAGCCGCGACACCAGUUGAAACAGUACAUUGUAUCGGAAUGAUAUCAUUUAUAGUUUUUGGGAAAAAAGGAGGCCCUUCGACACAAUUUAACUUCUCAGCACCACCCGACAUAGAAAAAAUGAAAGCGAACAUCAGCACAGCCGCUAAGGAGAAAAUAUGGUAUUUAAUCCAUGUUUGCGGCAGAAAAGGGUGGCUAGAUUGAAAUUGUAUAGAGCAAUAUUCAACGCUGCAAGCCAAAGAUUUAAUUCAUAUUUUCCUUGAUUCAUUUAUAUUUAUUAUGUUUUCAUGCCACCUCUUAUUUGUUGCACCGAUUCUCCUCCAUACCCGUUUCUGAAGAUAGAUCCCACAAAUAUAAUAUCACGCUGCCUUGAUCCUCUUCAACCUUUGGGGGAGGGGUAUUGGAGUGCGGAUGGCGUGAUGAUAUGUUCUGUGGGCUCUGUCUCCAUUGAAAAUGGGUGAUGAAGUACGAGGGUGGUCCCAGAAGUACCCGGCCUGACCUAGAGAUGGCGGUAGUUGUGUGAAAAAUAUCACUGUAUUAGAAAGCACACAAUCUAUAAAGCAUAUGUUUCAAGUUUGAAGACGCCAUGUUGUUUAUUAUUUGUUUGACAGCCAUCAAUAGUGAACGUUUUCAGUGAAAAUGGAGAAAAUUGGUCAUUGUCUUGAUGAAACAACCCUUUCUUCUUAGCCAAAUGCGGCCGUUUUUGCUUGAUUUCUUCGCUCAAACGUUGCAAUAAGUUCGCAUAAUACUCGCCGUUGAUAGUUUUUCCUUUUUCAAGAUAGUCAAUGAAAAUUAUCCAACGCGCAUCCCAAAAAACCGAAGCCAUGACCUUGCCAUUGUUUUGAUUGUUCUUUUGUUUCGGGUGUGAAGUGAUGGACCCAUGUUUCACCCAUGGUUAUGAAACGGCGCAAAAAUUCUGCUUUGUUGCUGUGAGACUUCGCUAAACACUCGAUUGAAACAUCUUCACGAGACAGUUUUUGCUCGAGUGUGAGCAAACGCGGCACCCAUUUUGCACACAGCUUUCUCAUGUCCAAAUUUUUAGAUAAUAUACGAUGUACCGCACUUUUUGAAAUGUCUACUGUGUCAGCUAGCUCGCGCACUUUCACUCGACGAUCAUCCAGUACCGCUUUGUGGAUUUUCUUCACCAUUUCUGGAGUCGUCACCUCAUUUGGUCGACCCCUGCGAUGCUCGUCUUGGCAGCUCGUACGGCCUUGUUUAAACUCUGCUACCCAAUAUUUUACUGUUGUAAACGAAGGAGCAGACUCACCCAGAGUAGAAUGUAGUUCAGCUUUUUAUUGGUUGGGCUGAAGCCUUUCAAAUAAAAGUAUUGUAUCACAUAACGAUGACCAAUUUUCUCCAUUUUUACAAAUUCAGUGAAAACGUUCACUAUUUAUGGCUGUCAAACAAAUACUAAACAGCAUGGCGUCAUCAAACUUGAAACAUUUUCACUUUCUAAUAUCAAACAACUACCGCCAUCUCUAGGUCAGGCCGGGUACUUCUGGGACCACCCUCGUAGGUGUGGUCAGUGGAAUAGGUUAUACAGGGUGUUUUAGAAAGACCUCCCUUGAAUACAGGGGGCGAUAGUACAA